AGACGUGAGGCUUGCAGCAGGCCGAGGAGGAGGAAGAAGGGGCCGUGGGAGCAGAGAAGGAGGCUCCUGCCUCAGUGAGGGCUCUGAGGGUCCCUGCAUGAGGAGGCAGAGGAGAUCUGGGCUAGGGGCAGGGGCUCGGGAAUGCAGCCCCCUUCACUGCUGCUGCUGCUUCUGUUGCUGUGUUGCUCAGUCGCCAAGGCAAGAGGGCUGCAGUGUGGGAGUUUCCCAGAACCCUGUGCCAACGGAGGCACCUGCCUGAGCCUAUUUCAGGGGCAAGGGACCUGCCAGUGUGCGCCUGGCUUCCUGGGUGAGACAUGCGAGUUUCCCGACCCCUGCCAGGAUGCUCAGCUCUGCCAGAAUGGGGGCAGCUGCAAAGCCCUGCUUCCCACCCUCCCAGGCUCCCCCAGCGCUCCCUCUCCCUCGGCCCCCAGCUUCUUCUGCACCUGCCCCUUUGGCUUCACUGGCGAGAGGUGCCAGGCCCAGCUCAAGGACCCCUGUUCUUCCUUCUGUUCCAAAAUGGGCCGCUGCCACAUCCAGGCCUCAGGCCGCCCACAGUGCUUCUGCCAGCCUGGGUGGACAGGUGAGCAGUGCCAGCUUCGGGACUUCUGUUCAGCCAACCCCUGCACCAACGGAGGGGUAUGUCUGGCCACAUACCCCCAGAUCCAGUGCCGCUGCCCACCUGGCUUCGAGGGCCAUACCUGUGAACAUGAUGUCAAUGAGUGUUUCCUGGACCCGGGACCCUGCCCCAAGGGCACCUCCUGCCAUAACACCCUGGGAUCCUUCCAGUGCCUCUGCCCCGCUGGACGGGAGGGUCCACGCUGUGAGCUCCAGCCAGGACCCUGCCCCGCCAGGGGCUGUCUCAAUGGGGGCACCUGCCAGCUGGUUCCAGGAAGAGACUCCACCUUCCACCUCUGCCUCUGCCCCACAGGUUUCACAGGCCCAGGCUGUGAGGUGAAUCCAGAUGACUGUGUCGGGCACCAAUGUCAGAAUGGGGGCACUUGCCAGGAUGGGCUGGCCACGUACACCUGCCUCUGCCCAGAGGCCUGGACAGGCUCAGAUUGCUCUGAAGAUGUGGAUGAAUGUGAGUUUCAGGGUCCCCCUCGCUGCAGAAACGGGGGUACCUGCCAGAACUCAGCUGGCAGCUUCCAUUGUGUGUGUGUGAGCGGCUGGGGAGGCACAGGCUGCGAGGAGAACCUGGACGACUGUGUUGCUGCCACCUGUGCCCCAGGAUCCACCUGCAUUGAUCGUGUGGGCUCCUUCUCCUGCCUCUGCCCACCUGGCCGCACAGGCCUCCUGUGCCACAUGGAGGACAUGUGUCUGAGCCAGCCGUGCCACGGGGAAGCCCAGUGCAGUACCAAUCCCCUGACGGGCUCCACACUCUGCCUGUGUCAGCCUGGAUACUCAGGGCCCACCUGCCACCAGGACCUGGACGAGUGUCAGAUGGCCCAGCAAGGUCCCAGUCCCUGUGAACAUGGCGGCUCCUGCCUCAACACACCCGGCUCCUUUGACUGCCUCUGUCCCCCUGGCUACACGGGCUCCCGCUGCGAGACCAAUCACAAUGAGUGCCUGUCCCAGCCCUGCCACCCCGGCAGCACCUGCCUGGACCUGCUCGCCACCUUCCACUGCCUCUGCCCACCAGGCUUAGAAGGGCAGCUCUGUGAGGUGGAGAUCAACGAGUGUGCCUCAGCUCCUUGCCUGAACCAGGCUGACUGCCAGGACCUGCUCAACGGCUUCCUGUGUGUCUGCCUGCCCGGAUUCACCGGCUCCCGGUGUGAGGAGGACAUCAACGAGUGCACAAGCUCUCCCUGUGCCAAUGGUGGGCAGUGCCAGGACCAGCCUGGAUCCUUCCAUUGCGAGUGUCUCCCAGGCUUUGAAGGCCCACGCUGUCAGGUGGAGGUGGAUGAGUGUCUGAGUGGCCCGUGCCCCCCAGGAGCCAGUUGCCUUGAUCUCCCAGGAGCCUUCUUUUGCCUCUGCCCCUCUGGCUUCACAGGUCAUCUCUGUGAGGUUGCCCUGUGUGCCCCCAACCUGUGUCAGCCCAAGCAAAAAUGCCAGGAUCAUGACAAGGUGCAGUGCCUCUGCCCUGAGGGAAGGCCUGGCUGUGCCCCCACUGAGGACAACUGCACCUGCCACCAUGGGCACUGCCAGAGAUCCUCAUGUGUGUGUGAUGUGGGUUGGACAGGACCAGAGUGUGAGGCAGAGCUGGGGGGCUGCAUCUCUGCACCGUGUGCCCAUGGGGGCACCUGCCACCCUCAGCCCUCUGGCUACAACUGCACCUGCCCCACAGGCUACACAGGGCCCACCUGCAGUGAGGAGGUGACAGCCUGUCACUCAGGGCCCUGUCUCAAUGGUGGCUCCUGCAGCCCCAGCCCUGGGGGCUACUCCUGCACCUGCCCUCCGAGCCACACUGGGCCCCGCUGCCAGACCAGCACCGACCACUGUGCCUCUGCCCUGUGCCUCAAUGGGGGUACCUGUGUGAACAGGCCUGGCACCUUCUCCUGCCUCUGUGCCACCGGCUUCCAGGGCCCACGCUGUGAGGGAAGGAUCCGUCCCAGCUGUGCAGACAGCCCCUGUAGGAACAGGGCGACCUGCCAAGACGGCCCUCAGGGUCCCCGCUGCCUCUGCCCCCCUGGCUACACAGGAGGCAGCUGCCAGACUCUGAUGGACUUAUGUGCCCAGAAGCCCUGUCCACACAAUUCCCACUGCCUCCAGACUGGGCCCUCCUUCCACUGCCUGUGCCUCCAGGGAUGGACUGGGCCUCUCUGCAAUCUUCCACUGUCCCCUUGCCAAAAGGCUGCUCUGAGUCAAGGCACAGAAGUCUCUUCCCUGUGCCAGAAUGGAGGCCUCUGCAUCGACAGCGGCCCCUCCUAUUUCUGCCACUGUCCCCCUGGAUUCCAAGGCAGUGUAUGCCAGAACAGGGUGAACCCAUGUGAAUCCAGGCCCUGCCAACACGGGGCCACCUGCGUGGCCCAGCCCAACGGGUAUCUCUGCCAGUGUGCCCCAGGCUACAGUGGACAGAACUGCUCAAGGGAACCUGACGCCUGUCAAUCCCAGCCCUGUCACAACCACGGGACCUGCACCCCCAAACCUGGAGGCUUCCACUGUGCCUGCCCUCCGGGCUUUGUGGGGCUGCGCUGUGAGGGGGAUGUGGAUGAGUGUCUGGACCAGCCCUGCCACCCCACAGGCACUGCAGCCUGCCAUUCUCUGGCCAAUGCCUUCUACUGCCAGUGUCUGCCUGGACACACAGGCCAGUGGUGUGAAGUGGAGCUAGACCCCUGCCAGAGCCAGCCCUGCUCCCACGGAGGGUUCUGUGAGGCCACAGCAGGACCACCCCGGGGGUUCAUCUGCCACUGCCCCCAGGGUUUUGAAGGCCCCACCUGCAGCCACAAAGCCCCCUCCUGUGGCCUCCAUCACUGCCACCACGGUGGCCUGUGUCUGCCCUCUCCCAAGCCUGGCUUCCCACCGCGGUGUGCCUGCCUCAAUGGCUAUGGGGGCCCUGACUGCCUGACCCCACCUGCUCCUCAAGGCUGUGGCCCUCCUUCUCCAUGCCUACACAAUGGCAGCUGCUCAGAGACCCCCGGGCUGGGGGGCCCAAGCUUUCGAUGCUCCUGCCCCCCCGGCUCUCCAGGGCCCCGGUGUCAGAGGCCUGGAGCAAAAGGUUGCGAGGGCAGGGGUGGAGAUGGGGCCUGUGACGCUGGCUGCAGUGGCCCAGGAGGAAAUUGGGAUGGGGGGGACUGCUCCCUGGGGGUCCCAGACCCAUGGAAGGGUUGCCCCUCCCACUCCCGCUGCUGGCUUCUCUUCCGGGACGGGCAGUGCCACCCACAGUGUGACUCUGAAGAGUGUCUGUUUGAUGGCUACGACUGUGAGACACCUCUAGCCUGCACUCCAGCCUAUGACCAGUUCUGCCACGACCACUUCCACAAUGGGCACUGCGAGAAAGGCUGCAACACUGCAGAAUGUGGCUGGGAUGGGGGCGACUGCAGGCCCGAAGACAGGCAUUCAGAGUGGGGGCCCUCCCUGGCCCUGCUAGUGGUACUGAGCCCCCCGGCCCUGGACCAGCAGCUGCUCACCUUGGCCCGAGUGCUGUCCCUGACUUUGAGGGUGGGGCUCUGGGUGAGGAAGGAUAGUGAUGGCAGGGACAUGGUGUACCCCUAUCCUGGGGCUCAGGCCGAAGAGGAGCUAGGAGGAAUCCCAGACCCCUCUCAUCAGGAGAGAGCAGCCCCUCAAACACAGCGUGCAGGCAAGGAGACAGACUCCCUCAGCACUGGGUUUGUGGUUGUGAUGGGUGUGGAUUUGUCCCACUGUGGCCCUGACCACCCUGCAUCCCGCUGUCCCUGGGACCCUGGGCUCCUGCUCCGCUUCCUUGCCGCGAUGGCCGCAGUGGGGGCCCUGGAACCCCUCCUGCCAGGACCACUGCUGGCUGCCCACCCUCGUGCAGGUACCGAGCCCCCCUCCAACCAGCUUCCCUGGCCCGUGCUGUGCUCGCCGGUGGCCGGGGUCCUUCUCCUGGCCCUUGGGGCUCUUCUCGUCCUCCAGCUCAUCCGGAGACGUCGCCAAGAGCAUGGAGCCCUCUGGCUGCCCCCUGGGUUCACUCGAAGGCCUCGGACUCAACAGGCUCCUCGCCGACGCCGCCCCCCCCUGGGCGAGGACAGCAUCGGCCUCAAGGCACUGAAACCAGAGGCAGAAGUUGAUGAGGAUGGAGUUGUGAUGUGCACAGGCCCCGAGGAAGGAGAGGAGGUGGGCCAGGCUGAAGAAAUGGCCUCACCCUCCAAGUGCCAGCUCUGGCAGCUGAGUGGUGACUGUCAGGAGCUCCCACAGGCAGCCAUGCUGACUCCUCCCCAGGAAUCUGAGAUGGAUGUCCCUGACGUGGACACCCGUGGACCUGAUGGGGUGACACCCCUUAUGUCAGCAGUCUGCUGUGGGGGAGUGGAGUCCAGGACCUUCCAAGGGGCAUGGUUGGGAAGCCCUGAGCCCUGGGAACCUCUGUUGGGUGGAGGGGCUUGUCCCCAAGCUCACACUGUGGGCACUGGUGAGACCCCCUUACACCUGGCUGCCCGAUUCUCCCGGCCAACCGCCGCCCGCCGCCUCCUUGAGGCUGGAGCCAACCCCAACCAGCCAGACCGAGCAGGGCGCACCCCCCUUCACACGGCUGUGGCUGCUGAUGCUCGAGAGGUCUGCCAGCUCCUACUCCGCGGCAGACAGACUGCAGUGGACGCGCGGACAGAGGACGGGACCACAGCCCUGAUGCUGGCUGCCAGACUGGCAGUGGAGGACCUGGUUGAAGAGCUGAUUGCAGCCCAAGCAGAUGUGGGGGCCAGAGAUAAAUGGGGAAAAACCGCGCUGCACUGGGCCGCGGCCGUGAACAACGCCGGGGCUGCCCGCUCCCUUCUCGAGGCCGGAGCCGAUAAAGACGCCCAGGACGGCAGGGAACAGACACCGCUGUUCCUGGCGGCCCGAGAAGGGGCGGUGGAGGUAGCCCAGCUGCUGCUGGGGCUUGGGGCGGACCGACGGCUGCGGGACCAGGCCGGGCUAGCGCCCGAAGACAUCGCCCGCCAGCGCAACCACUGGGAUCUGCUGACGCUGCUGGAAGGGGCGGGGCCCCCGGAGGCGCGUCACAAAGCCACGCCGGGCCGCGGGGCGGACCCCUUCCCGCGCGCGCGCACCGCGUCGGGAAGUGUGCCCCCGCGUGGGGGCGGGGCUCUGCCGCGCUGCCGGACGCUCUCAGCCGGAGCACGCCCGCGUGGGGGCGGAGCAUGUCUGCAAGCCCGUACUUUUUCCACAGACUUGGCCGCGCAUGAGGGCGGGGCCUAUUCGCAUUGCCGGAGCCUAUCGAAAGGAGGAGCAGGAGGAGGCCCGCCCCCCCGCGGCCGUAGGUUUUCUGCAGGCAUGCGCGGGCCGCGGCCCAACCCUGCAACAGUGCGAGGAAGAUCCGGGGUUGCGGCCGGCAGCGGGGGUGUGGCCUCAGGUGGUAACUGGCCCAACGAUUGGGUAGCCCUGGGAGCCUGCGGCGCCGCCUCCAACACUCAGAUCCCGCCUCCUUGCCUUACUCCGUCCCCGGAGCGGGGUUCCCCUCAAGUUGCCUGGGGUCCCCCAGCCCACCAAGUAAUACCUUUAAAUGCAGGAGGCGAGGAUCAAAAAUAGAAGGCUACAUGUCAGGGAGGCUAAAUGACAGUCUGGAAGGCCUCCAGAUUUUAAGGUCCUUGAAAGACCCCUAAAAGUGAGGGGUCAUGAGUGUAGUUUCCCUCCCACAAUGAGUGUCUGCCUACUCAGAACCGUCAUCUCCCACGUGGAGAAGCUGCAGCCCUGGAAAGAGGGUUUGGGGUGCUGGGAUGAAGCAAGCCCAGCCCACGUCCCAGAAAAUAAGGGUGAGGGGCUACAGAGGGUGGAGUGGGGGAAGUACCCCUGAACUGGAACCAAGAUCUGCAGACAGAUAGGAUGUAAGAUAUUCUUUACUGUAUGUGGCUCCCAAAGGGAGCCUCUAUCACCCAUCACACCCACUACCCACAAAGGGCUGACAAGUAUUUAUUGAGCACACACUAUGUGCCAGGCACUAUGUAGGUGCUGAAGGGAGGGCCAAGGGCCACUCCAGCUGAUGACUCCUUGCAUUCUCCCCACCUCUCCUCCCAAACAAAUCACUGCAGGGAUGAAGCGCCACUCUUCUAGCCACGGCUAUCUCUAUUUAAGAACCCCAAAUCUGUCACCCAAUAAUAAAGCUGAUUUGAAGUGUUAA